UUAAUUUUAUAUUUUGUUUUGUAAUUUUUGUUACUAUAUAUAAUAUGAUUAAGUACUUGCUGCUGCUUGGUUUGGUCCUUUUCACAUCCAAUGUAAAGGCUGGUGGUUACGGAAAAGGUAGUGGCUACGGCCAUGGAUCGGGUCGGGGCUACGGAGGAUCCUCAUAUGGAAUGGAAUACAGAGGAUAUGGCGAUGGCGGUUACGGAUCGUCCUCUCUAAUGGCUGAUUUAUUAGGAGGCUAUCGAGGAGGUGGUGGCUAUGGAGGUGGCGGCGGAUACGGCGGUGGUGGUGGUUAUGCCGGCGGAGUGGGAUACGGAGGCGGCGGUUUUGGAGGUGGAAGUCGCGGACGAAACCUAGCUGUUGUUCAAACGCCAGUGCUUGAAUAUCAGAAUGUUGUUCGAAAUGUUCCAACAAUUGAAUAUCAAAAUGUUCCACAAGUACAAUUCCAAACGCAAACUGUGGCGAGACAGGUUCCAAUCUAUGCUAAUUCAAACCCAAGUUAUCCCAGUAAUCCAUCAUACGUCGGUCCAUCAUCAUGGAUGGGUAGUGGACCCGCCGCACCUGUUUACUCUGGACCCGCCGCACCCGUUUACUCUGGACCCCCUGCACCAGUUUACUCUGGAUCCUCUGCACCCGUUUACUCUAACGCCCCCUUGUUCCCAAGUGGAUUAGGAUCACCAAACUUCAACACCGGAGGUUCGGCACCAAUUUAUUCUGGUGGUGUUCCAGUAUUUAAUACAGGAAACGGUGGAGUUGGGGCACUUAGAGGAGACGGGACCUUCAACCCAUCACAACCUAACACGUACCUGGUUGGGUAAUGUAAUAAUCUAGGAACCACCACCUCACCCGAAUGUGGACCAUGGCAGGAUGCUGUGUACUUUGUAUGCUCUCUAAAUAAAACUACCAAUACCCUU